CAAGAGACAACGCAAUGUUGAGGUUUCUGCUUUUACUGGCUCUCGUAAGUGGUUCCGCCUUCGGGGUGGAACCGGAAACGGAAAACGGUAAGCAGCGGAAGCGUGGAAUUUUGAACGACGGCUGGGUUGGUAUUUCAAAUCCGUACGGCUAUGGGCAUGGCCAACCGUGGAGCGAUAACAGCAACCCAUGGAAAGCCCUUAAAGUCUCGUCAGGACUUCACCACAGUCACGGAGGGUGGACGUACGGAGGCGCAGACAAGUAUCAUUUCCACAAGCAUGGACUCCACAUACAUCCUCACAUACCAUACGUAAACACACUUCCCAUCUACAUAACGAAGCACGUUGUGGUGGAAAAACCCGUCCCAGUGCCGGAACCCGUGUACAUCGAGAAAUCCUAUCACGUACCAGUAGAAAAGAUCGUUCCAGUACCGGUCGAGACAGUUAUCCACAAAGCAGUACCAGUCCCAGUUCCGGUGCCGCAGGCGGUGCCGAUUCCCAUAAAGCAUCCAGUGGCAGUGCCAGUCCCGAUAAAGCAUCCGGUGCCGGUGCCGGUGCAACAUCCGUAUCCGGUUCCGGUGAAGCACGCGGUUCCAUUCCCGGUGCCAGUGCCAUAUCCGUUCCCGGCUUAUCCUGGACCGUUUCAUCAUCACGGUGGACAUUUCUACGGUGGGCAUCACCACGGUUUGGGCGGCCAUGGGGGUGGUGGGCACCACUAUUAUCCUCAUCACUCGUUCGGCCACGGUUACGGGCAUUCCUAUCCCCACGGGCAUUUCGGAUUCGGACACGGGCAUGCAUUCGGUCACGGUUUUGCUCAUGGACAUGGCUUUGGGCACGAGUAUCAUGGCCAUGGUCAUGGCCACGGUCACGGUUAUGGAUUCUCGCAUUUCAACGCUCACGAUCACUACGCCUCUCCCCAUGGACAUGGCGAAAGUUUCAAAGCCAAACGCAGCAAGACUAAUUCGGACAACUAGUGACCAAAGAGUUUCAAGUCUCGUCGUUAAUGUUAAGUUCAAAAUAUUCAUCGGCUGCAAUCAAAAACAGAUUUAAAUACGUGUAUAUAAAUAUGUAACCUGAACAAUCGUUAUGAUUAUUGUAUAUAUAUAUAUAUAUAUAUAAA